CAGGGGAUUGUCACCAGAUCCUUUGUACCACACUAAGCUGACAGUCUCUUUCCUCCAACUAGACACAGACACCAUGGUCAACCAGAGCUCCCCCGUGGGCUUCCUCCUGCUGGGCUUCUCUGAACACCCACAACUGGAAAAGGUUCUCUUCGUGGUUGUCUUGUGCUCCUACAUCCUGACUCUCCUAGGAAACACACUCAUCCUCCUACUGUCCAUCCUGGACCCCAGGCUCCACUCUCCAAUGUACUUCUUCCUCUCUAACCUCUCCUUCUUGGACCUCUGCUUCACCACAACCUGUGUCCCCCAGAUGCUGUUCAACCUCUGGGGCCCCUCAAAGACCAUCAGCUUCCUGGGAUGCUCUGUCCAGCUCUUCAUCUUCAUGCUCCUGGGGACAACAGAGUGCAUCCUGUUGACAGUAAUGGCCUUUGACCGCUAUGUGGCUGUGUGUCAGCCCCUGCACUAUGCCACCAUCAUCCACCCUCGCCUAUGUCAGCAGUUGGCAGGUGUUGCCUGGGCUAUAGGUUUGGUCCAAUCCAUAGUUCAAAUACCACCCACCCUCACACUGCCCUUCUGUUCCCAUAGGCAGAUAGAUGACUUUUUGUGUGAAGUUCCAUCUCUAAUUCGACUCUCUUGUGGGGACACCACUUUUAAUGAGAUUCAGUUGUCAGUUGCAGGUGUCAUCUUCCUGCUUGUACCUCUGAGCCUUAUCAUUGUCUCUUAUGGUGUCAUUGCCAGGGCUGUACUGAAAACUAACUCUUCAAAAGGGCGCAGGAAAGCUUUUGGUACCUGUUCAUCCCACCUCAUUGUCGUCACCCUCUUCUACAGCUCAGUCAUUGCUGUCUAUCUGCAGCCCAAAAAUCCCUAUGCCCAAGAGAGGGGCAAGUUCUUUGGUCUCUUUUAUGCAGUGGGCACCCCCACACUCAAUCCUCUUGUAUAUACCCUAAGGAACAAGGAGGUAAAGAGGGCAUUCUGGAGGCUGCUGGGGAAGGAUGCGGCCUCUGGAGGAAACUAAGGGCAAAAUAAUUGUGUGAU